AUGGAAAAAGCAAACAUGAGCUUUCCCAAAGCUUUUGUGUUUCUGGGCUUCUCAGAGUUUCCCUGGCUGGAGAGGCCCCUCUUUGCAGUGGUCCUGGUCUCCUACUUCCUCACCCUGCUGGGGAACAGCUCCAUCAUCCUCCUAUCCCUGGUGGACCCCAGACUCCAGACACCCAUGUACUUCUUCCUGGACAACCUUUCUCUUCUGGACCUUGGUGUCACCUCCACCAUUGUGCCCCAGCUGCUUACAAAUCUCUGGGGACCAGACAAGACUAUUGCUUCCUGGGGCUGCCUCACACAGGUCUAUCUUUUUAAUUGGACUGCUUGUGCUGAAUGCAUCCUGUUGGCCAUGAUGGCCAUUGACCGCUAUGUGGCCAUCUGCCAGCCCCUCCAGUACACUCUCAUCAUGCGUCCCUGGGUCUGUGUACAGAUGGCAGCUGCUUCUUGGUGCAGUGGCCUGGCUAAUUCCCUGCUCCAAACCACAUUCACCCUCCAGCUCUCGCUCUGUGGACACCAAACCCUGGACCACUUUUUCUGUGAGGUGCCUGUGCUCAUCAAGCUGGCCU